UCGGACCCCGCUCCCGCCAACUCAUAUGACAGCGCUGCGUGUGGUCAGUGAAAACCUCUCCCAUGCCGAGGCGGCGCCGGGAGUCACGGCACACUGCACGCCCGCUGCUGGCCGCCGCCGGGUGUCACACUGCCUCUCACAGGCCCCAUCGGCAAUAGGCAAUUCACACAACAACUGCGCAAGUGCCGGCAGUGGUCCUGGGAGUGGCACCAGCAGUGGCGCUCGGAGUGGUGCCGGUUUGGUCUACUGCGCAGAGCCAUCCGCUGCUUUCGGCAUGAGCGGUCGAAGCAAGAAUGUGGAUCGGGAGUUUUUCUCAGUGUUGAUUCGAUGCCGAGCCCACUAUUAGCUUCCUCUUUCAAGCGAAAGGGUUCCACUAGCCGAGGAGGUUUGAUAAUGCCUUCUUUCGUU